CUGUUUUUUUAGAAGAAAAUGAUUCAACGUGGUGCUAUUGUCAAGCAGCGCUUGACCAAUUAACAGCCGGCAACAAAUACAUCAAGAAUAUCAAGAUAAGAGGAUUAGCCAGUGGUCAUAAAAAAAAAAAAAAUCUUUUCUUCAUUUUCAUUUGCUGCUACUCCUGCAGAACCGAACCCAGUUCUCCAUUUGCUCGUUUAUUUGUGUUAUUGCAGCUGAAGAUGAAGGCCUUUUGUGCAAUUCAGUCUUCAGAGUUUUCUUCUAUAUUUCCAGGAACUUUCUCAAUUACAAGCAGGAGUCGUCCUACUUUUCCUGAUAAGCUCUUCUUUUGCCAAGCAAAGUUUGCUGAAUCGAGGGUAGAUGGAUCAUUAAGCUUACGAGUAGUGUCUCCAACCCUGUUAGCAGCUGAAAAGGAAGAAGCCAAGGCUGUGUUAACCUUAUUUUUGAAGAAGCAAGGUCUAAGCAAGGCGGUUGCUGCAAGAAUCAUCAAUAAAUCAGACCUUUUCAUUGACCAUCUUGUCUCAAGGCUACAUUCAGUUCAUAAAUCUCGGUAUCUAGUAGGAAGAGAGCUCACAACUCUUGAGAUUAGGGAUGCCCUUAUUCCGUACCUUGAAACUCUCCACGAAGAGUAUGGGAACAUUCUGGUUGAAUUAGUUGAGAACUUUCCUAAUGCACCUGCUAAGGAAAGGCCAGUGGCGCAAGUUUCUUCAUCUCAUCCCACUGUUGACUCCAAGAAGCUAAAAGCCGUGUCUCGAGUGAGUGAGGCAGGGCCUGAGGGAGGUCUCCGCCCUCAAGUUCUCUACCUCAAAGAGCUUGGCAUGGAUCUUGAGCAGAUAAAACUGAUUACUCGCAGAUUUCCUGCUUUUGCCUACUACAGCUUGGAGGGAAAAAUCAAGCCUGUGGUUGAGUUUCUUCUUGAUCUUGGGGUGCCGAAAUCAGAUAUUCCUAUAAUUCUCACAAAAAGGCCUCAACUAUGUGGAAUUAGUCUCUCUGAAAACCUAAUACCCACCAUGGUAUUCUUAGAAGAAUUGGGUGUGGACAAGGCACAGUGGGCAAAAGUUAUAUACCGUUUUCCAGCUCUUCUCACCUUUAGCAGGCAGAAGCUUAUGUCAACUGUAGAUUUCCUAUGUGAGAUGGGCCUCUCAGGCGAGAGCAUAGGUAAGAUCUUAACUAGGUGCCCAAACAUUACAAGUUAUAGUGUGGAAGACAAGCUACGACCAGCAGCUGAGUAUUUCCGAUCGUUAGGAGUUGACAUUCCCGUUCUUCUCCACCGAUGUCCACAGUGUCUUGGUCUUAGUAUCGAGGCCAAUCUUAAGCCUGUGACAGAAUUUUUCAUUGAGAGGGGAUUCAGUAUGGAGGAAAUCGGGACAAUGCUUUCCAGAUAUGGAGCUCUGUAUACUUUCAGCUUGAAAGAGAACUUGAUACCGAAAUGGGAGUUCUUUUUGACCAUGGACUAUGACAGGUCAGAGCUGGUAAAGUUCCCUCAGUAUUUCAGUUACAGUUUAGAAGAGAGAAUUAAACCUCGGUAUGCACGUGUAAAGGAGAGUGGAGUGACAGUCUUGCUGAACCAGGUGCUAUCGCUAUCAGGCCGCGACUUUGAUAAAACUUUGAAUAAGAAAAUAAAGAAAAUGCUUUCAGAAAAGAGUUCAACUGAUAGCAAUUGCAAGGAAUGAUUCUCAAGCCUUAUAUUGAGCCAUAUGACUUCUAAGUUGAGAUUCUAUAGUAAAUAGCUGCCGUUACAGCAAUGGGAAUGCUAUUUUUUAUGCUACUGCAGAAUGUUGCCAGUCGGAGGAAUGUCAAUUUAUCUAUCAUCACCUGCUCAGCCCUUUGCGACAACUCAAUUACUGUUAUAACUCUUCUAUGUUGAAUCAAACAGUGCCAUUGUUCAGUGGACAGUGGGGAACAAAUAUGAUGGUAGUCCAACUCGGUGAUUUUAGCUGUUUUAUAAUCUCUAUAUAGGUUUCUUCACACUGAUGAUGGAGACCCGCUUGUAGUGUCCUCGGUUUCACAUGAAAAUGGAGAUUCACUGUCCAACAUCCUCGACUAUCAACAUGUUCAUGGAUUUAUUCUACAGGAGUUGAUCAAAUUCUUACCAUAUUGUUUAUGUCCAGAGUUAUUCGCAAGCAUCAGGAUGAGAAAGGGGUUUUUUUUUUUGGUAAUUAGUUAAACACCGAGCAAAUUAACAAAAAAAGGGUUUUGUCCAUAAUCCUUCUUCAUGUACGAUAGUUGUAUAAAAUGACUCAAGAAAACCUUCCAACUUUCUAUUGAAUUUGGUGAUUCAGUUC